UUUAAUACAAGUUGAGCUGUCAUAGUGACUGUAUUGUUGUUUGAUGUGGCGGUGCAAACGUGAAUGAUUCCUAAUUAAAUCCAACCAUUUAAUUAGUGUACUGUUUUAUAAAAUGUAGAAAAAAUGUAUUUAAACCAGUGACGUGUUAUUUUGUUAGUUAUAUUUAGAAAAAAAAUUCAUGUCAAGGACAGAAAGUUAGCACAAUGGUACGAAGAAGUGAACUCUUCGGUAUUUCUAUAGUUGCUAUAGUAUGCCUUCUUUUAAUCGGAUUCAGUCAAAAAGACGUAUCCACUUAUCAAAGAUCUCACAGAUAUCAGCAGUAUUUAGAUUUGGAUGAUAGUUUUAAAUAUACAAAUAAUACGGUGCCAUCCAUUGACGAUGUGAUUUCUAAUAAAAAUUCUUUGUUAUCGAAAGAAUUAUUUAAUUACAAAUUUCCAGAAGGUACUAGUCUUGAAGAUUAUACACUUUCAACUGGUGGUAGGCCUAUACGUACGGUAAUUAUCACUACUUGGAGAUCAGGAUCGACGUUUUUAGGUGAUAUACUUAAUGCAGUACCCGGUAACUACUAUCAUUACGAACCGUUGUUAGAAUUUGGUAUAACUCAAAUUAGAGGAAAUCCCGAGGCGAGACAAGCACUCGAUACUUUAAAAAGUUUAUUACACUGUGAUUAUAGUAGUUUAUAUAGUUAUUUGAAUUUUGGGAUGUCUCAUGUUUAUUUGUUCACCCAUAACACCAGAUUAUGGGACCAGUGCGAGUUGUACCCGGCAUAUUGUUGGAAUGCUACGUUUUUGAGUAAAUUUUGUAAAUUGUUUCCAUUCCAAAGUAUGAAAAGUGUGAGGUUAAGAUUAGCUCUGGCUGAAGAACUAUUACAAGACGACGAUUUAAAUAUUAAGGUAAUAUUAUUGGUAAGAGAUCCUCGUGGUACUAUGCAGUCCCGAAAACAUAGAGACUGGUGUCCUGGAGUGCCCGACUGUGAUCAACCGUCUAAUUUAUGUAAAGAUUUGAUUUCCGAUUACGAGGCAGCUGGUACUCUUCAAAUGUUUUACUCUGAUCGAUUCAGGGUUCUACGUUAUGAAGAUCUAUCUUUGAAUCCAUCGGUGAUAAUUAGAGAUUUGUUCGACUUUUUGGGUUUAUAUUUCCACAAAGACGUGGAGAAAUUUUUGAAUACCCAUACAAAAUUCGAUAUAGGUGGUGUUUCCAGCACUUUUAGAGAUUCUAAAAGUGCCCCUUUCCAUUGGAAAGCUGAUCUCGAUUACACGGAAAUUCAAAACAUCGAGGAAGCUUGUGAGGAAGCUAUGAAAUUAUGGGGGUACGUUAGGGCUAAAAAUGUAACAGAUAUGAAAGAAUUUAACCCCCUUACUUCGUAUAGUAUCAAUUGAUUAAGAUUUGUUGAUUUUAUUCACUAAAUCACUGUGAUAACUGCAUUUUUAUGAAAAUAUAUUUUAUUUGUUUAACAAAAUAUUACGAUGUUUUCUUUUUAAUUGCUUUUAUGCAGUUGUAAAGCCAGUGAUAACAAUAAUGAAAUGGAUUUUCUAAAAAAUGCUAUAAGUCAUUUUUUUAUACAAAUAUUACUGACAAUUUUUUUAAUUUCUAUUUAAAAACUUGAUUUACAAUGAGUAAACAAGAAGUUUAAGUGCAAAUUAUAAAAAAAAUUACGAAAUAUAAUAAUAACCAAACCUAACAAUAAUUAACGAAUAUAAAACUAUAAAAUUCUGUUUAUUAUUAAUGUGAACCAUGAAAAAAUUCCAAAAUUUUUAAAUUUUUUCAAACUUAAUAAACAAUUUAAAAUUAUUUUCUCGUGAUCAGUGGCCUAUCUAUUUGAAAAUGGCGCGACUUCUUUCUAUCGGCGGCCAUUGUUGAAAUGACGUUUUGCUCACAAUACACAAGAAUCGUGUUUUAAAAUACCUUUUUUCGUUUUUCAUUACGUCGUUUACAUUUGUAUAUAUCUGAUAUUAAUAAAAAAAUGAAGUUUUUAAAUAUUAGUAUCAAAAUCGUGAUCAAAUGGCAACGUUAUACAACUCUUCUAAUGCGGAAGCCAUCCCUACUACCCGGUUGAUACGCCAUUGCUGUUUAUAUAAAAACAUCAUACAUCGCGUUGUUGAUUGCAAUUGUGCCUUUAGUCUACUAAACAUUAAAAUUAACGUGUUGUGAAAUUAUCAAUUAAUAAUAUUACUUGGUAAGUAAUUUUUUAAUAUUAUCUGUUGUUUUUGAUGAAAUGUUCAGUUUUGAACAUGUAGUGUUUAGGUAUUUUUCGGUAUUUUAUAAUUUCACACAUAACCUAAUAUACGUUUAUCCAAGAUAAUCUCGUAGAUCAGCAGUUAAAGUGUUAUAUUUCAUUUUUCUCGCGUAUUUUGUUGUUAUAGAUGAUUAAAAUAAUUAAACAAUCAAUUAAACUAUUAUAAUUGAUAAGAUAUUCAAUAUUUCAAAGGAAUAAAUGUUUCGAAAAAGUGAAAAAAAUAUUGUAUUUCUAUAUAUUUCAUGAUUUGGAAGUUAUUAUAAAUCUACAUUUUAACAACUCAUAUAAUUUCUACUUGUUAAUUAGAUACAAGGGUGUUAAAAAAAUUGUUCAGUAAUAUAAAAUAACGAAGUAUACGUAUAUUGAAAUUAAAUACACACUUUACCUAGUUUUAUUAGGUUUAAUACAAUUUAUUUAUUUUAUAUAUAAACAAAAAUAAAUAAUAGACUAGUCAAACUUUGCUCACGAAUGUAUUUGAAGAAAGAAAGGACUUUGGCUAAUUUUCCUAAGCCCUUUUCGAUGAAAUUAGAAUUUUUUACUAUAUUUUAGAAUGGUAUCUGAAAUUGUGUAUUUUGUAGAGAGUUGCAGGGAUCAGAAACAACAUAACCUAUAAAUAAACGUUUAACCUUAAACAUUAUUUGUUUACAAUCAAUUUUUCAUAAAAAUCCUAUUGAAAAGAGUCAUCGAACAUCAGUUUAAUCUUGCCACGAGUGAUAUACAAAGUUAAAAUCUUUGCUGGUUGUUUAUAAGGCUGGCCCAACUCUUCUUGACCAUUCAUCGAUGGGCUUGAUCUGCAGUUUCUACAUCCUCCAUGCAUCCUCUACAAUUAAGAUGAUCCGCUGUGCCUCUAGAUGACCCUUUUCUAUUUAGAAGACCAGUCACCAGUCGAAUUUCGAAUUUUUCUAAAAAAUUAAGAAAAGAAAAUGGUUAGGGCUAUACUGAUUUGUUUACAAUACCCAGAUGCAUUUCAUUCAUAACUAAACGUCGUUUUUCUUCAGUGACAACGUCCGUUAUUGGAUUAUUUGACUUAGAAAAGUACCUGUCUGGAGAAAAUUAUAAUUCAAAAUCGAACCGUGCUCGAUACCACAUCAAUUUUCAUUAGAAGCUGCUGUUUUAUCAGUAACAAACAUUUUGAAGCUGUUUCUGAUCCCUACAAACUACUGCUUUUUAUUUCGUUAUAUGUUUACAGCGAAAGUAAGCAUAUGAUGCUGUACAGGAUUAAUUUUGCUCAAACACGUUUCAGGGGAUUAUUUUUCUAGGAGUUUUUCCAACGUUUCAAGGUCAAUACUCGAAGCUAAUCGAUUUACAACCCCUUAAUCGUCUAAUUUUUGUUUUUUCUCUUGUAUAUGGUUCAAAAUAGACUCCUCCGAAAGGGGACUAUCUAUUUGGAGGUAUUUGGACUAGUCCUUUGAGGUACACAAUCUUUUUGUUGAAAUGGACAGGGUGUUGGAAUACCGAUCACUAGUUUUAUGUCAUUUCCAGUUAUCCUGGGCAGGUCCUUAGCUAUGGUUAUGAGUUUUCGGAUUGGUUUCAAUUUCUCCGUUGACGUGUCAUCUGAUGAAGCUACAGUAAGACUUUGGUCCGAAAUCUGGAGGUUUCCAUCCACAAUAUGGUUGCUUUGUGUUAGUUGGAACGUUUAGAAUUUGCUUGCACUCCCAUACCAGCUUGAACGUGAUCUCAACAGCUUUGAAAGUCCUCAAAAAUUGCUAGCUGUUAUUAUUGUAGUCCACAGCUGUUGACGUUUUAUUUUUUUUGUUUGCGAAUCACCAGUUUCUACUAGUUACAUCAUCAGGUGCAGUUACGGUGGAUGCGAUUUUUCUAUUGACCUGAUGUACUAAUUUUUCGGUUCCACCCGGUAUAUGUGGCAAAACAACUGACGUCAACUAGUGGAGAUUUUCGUUUCGUUUUGUUUUGAGUUAAAUACUCCUCCCAUGUUGCCAAAUUGCUUUGAAAAUCUUGAGAUUCGUGGCGCUGGCAACAUCUAACUCGUAGCGUUCGCCAACAGCACAGGGCCGGCUUGAAUUCGAAUCAUCGACUAUAUGGUUUAUUAUUAUGAAUAUCCUGUACAGUGUUUGUUUUUUGUUACGAUUUUUUCGAUCUCCCUGUUAUUGUCAAUUGUUUGGUGAAAAAUUCAUAAGAAUUUUCGUAGCGAUUUUCUAAAAAAAAAUUUAAGUCAGUAGAAGCAUAUCUUGUUAGAACUGACUAAUUGUAAAGUAUAGAUAGAAUGUGCCUUUUUUUAAAAAAUUAUCAUAAUUAGGCACGAUACAUCGCACUGUGACAUUUUUAUACGAUCGAAAAAAUAAUUUUUUUGGAAAAAAAUUCAUACAAUUUUUCGUUUUUGGAAAAUUUCGCUUCCUUCCUGUUUUUUGGUUCCUGAAGGUGGUAAUAUGUGGGGUAAAUGUAAUCACGUUUUGAGUAUAACCAAAUCGGUAUAACUACUCCGCUAGGGGGUUGAAAAGGGGCGAGAAAAGUUUGUUUUUUAAUUUACGGAAAAACUAAACUUACCCGAAAAAUUUUUUUCAUACAAAUGUUGUGUAUUAUUCAAAAAUCAAUAAUUUUUGUGAAAAGCAUUUUUUUCAUAACCUUAAAAUCUGCGAGUUAAUUGUAAAAAACGAAAUUUUUUGUUUUUAAUUUUUUUUUUUAAAAACACAUGGUAUAAUUUUAUUAAACGUUUUGGGAAAUUUUUCAUGAAAAUAUAGUUUACAAAUUAAAAAACAAAAAAAAAUUUUGAAAAUAUCCAUACAGCUCGUUUAAUAACGAAAAAAAAAGAAAAUUGAAAAAAUUUAUAGAAACAUCAAAAAAAAAACAAAAUAAGUUAUUCCUUACACGUCCCAACCUUUUAUGUAUAUUAAAAUGACGUAAAUGACAUUGACAUCUGUCAAAUUUUCACUAUUUCUAUGUUCCGGUGUACACUAAAAACGAUUCCAGGGUUCUAAAGUAAUUUAUAUCGUUAGUUUUAAUGCCAUUUUUGAAAUUGGGUUAAAAAUGUGUAUUCCAAGAGUGAUCUUACAAAAAAAAAAGUUGGGAACCUCUGGUAUACACGACGUUAUUAAUUUUUCAGCUUCGGGAAACUUCGUGUUGCGUCGGCGCGAGCGUGUAUUUCGCGCGCAAUCGCCGCCAUUUCAUGUUGUUUCAAUUCACGCAUGUCAAAAUAUUUUAAUUGAACGGAUAAUUGUAUGAAUUUUUUUUCAACGGUUUUCGAACAAAUUACGGAGCCUAAAGUAGAUUGUUCACGCCGCCACUACCACGAUUUGGGCUUCCAUUGUAGGAGAUUUUGUAAUUUUUAAUGAAAAUUUAAAUCGCUUUUGUAUUUUUUAGUGCAUAGGGUCGAAACUAUGAAAUAAAUGGUUUUUAAUACAUCGAUUACACAAUUUAUCCAUUUAUUGAUAAAAUUGACUUUCUUUACAUUUCGAAAAUGUCGAAAUUAUAAGAUUUUUUCGCCAUCAAAUGCAGUAAUUUUCGAAAUUAGGGCAAAAACGUCAACUGCCGUGUAGAUUACGAAUUUUUUGAUACCCUGUAUAUUUUCACUAGUAACUCAACUUCACGUGGUAUUAAAUAAAAAAAAUUUCAGACCAAAUUAGGUUAUUUUAGGAUAAAUCACAAUUUUCUUCAUUAUGUAUAUCAACCUGAGUGCGUCUCUGACCAUUAAUUCAAUAUGUUUUACGUAAAGAAAUAAUUUUUAACUGUUUUUAUUUGAAACAUACUCUUUUCCUGAUUAAAAAUCUUAUGAAUUCGACAUAAAUAGUUUUUAUAUUUAAUUUAUUUUAUUUAUAUUUGCAAAAAAAUCGUGCGAAAAUGAAUUCCUAAAAUACAUAAUGAAAAUAAAACGACGUUAAUCUGAGAUUAGAACGAGUUCAAUUUAUAAGAUCACAGAUUACCGUGUUUUAAUUACGUUACUUACAAGAUGGCAGCACUAAUUGAAUUUUUUACAAUAUAUUUUAGGAAUAUCAUUUCGAUUAUAUCAUAUCAUAGUUCCUAUUAUUCAACUUUCAAGUAUUAUUCAUGUAUAUUUCUUGGUGAUAUUUAAAUUUUGAAUUAUUUUGCUUUUUUUUAUCGUAAUAUAUUCAAAAAUGGAAA